AUGGCCAAUGAACCUUUAAUAGUACAGGCAGUUUACUCCUACAAAAGGUCCAACAACGAUGAGUUGAAUUUUAAAAAAGGGGAUGUAAUUACUGUUACCCAAAAGGACGAUGGUUGGUGGGAAGGUACCUUGAAUGGCGAAACUGGAUGGUUUCCUAGUAAUUAUGUUAAGGAAUGCAAAGAUGCUCCGAAACCUGUUAUUACCCAACAAAAUCAAUACAAAGGCGUAGUAUUAAAAGACUUAGUCGAUUCCGAAAAAGCCCAUGUAACCGAACUCGAAGGCCUGGUCACGAACUUUCUACAACCACUAGAAAAAAGCUCAAUUCUAUCUUCCGACGAAUACAAACAACUCACCGGUAACAUCACAGAAGUCCUAGAAACCCACCAACAGCUGCUGAAUUUAUUGGAGGUGGAAUUGAGCAAGCCCGGGCCGGACCAAAAAGUCGGCAAAUUGUUCCUCAACUGGGCGACUAGGAUAAAAAAUGUCCACCAGGCUUACUGUUCGCUACAUCCCAAAGCUGUUUGCAUAUUGGACAAAUACAAGGAGGACCUUACCAAAUACAUGGAAUCCAAAGGAGCCGCCAGUCCCGGCGUUUUAGUAUUAACAACGAUGCUGAGCAAACCAUUCAGGCGAUUGGAUAAGUAUUCGGGAAUGCUCCAAGAACUGGAAAGGCACGUCGAAGAGAGCCACCCCGAUAGAGGCGAUACUCAACGAUCGGUCAUCGUUUAUAAAGACAUCGCUACGACUUGUUCGGCCACCAGACGACAGAAGGAACUCGAGCUUCAAGUACUAACCGGUCCGGUAAAAGGCUGGGAAGGUCCCAAUCUGACUACUCUAGGCGACAUACUUUACAUGGGCCUGGUAUCGAUGGGACCGCAGCAAAGCGACCGAUACUUUGUGUUGUUUCCCACUACUUUGCUGAUACUUAGCGUCAGUCACAGAUUAAGCGCUUUCAUUUACGAGGGUAAACUUUUCCUAUCCGGCUUAACGGUGACGAGGCUCGAGGAUAGCGAUCAAUACAAAAACGCUUUCGAAAUCAGCGCUCCGAUGAUCGAUAAACGGAUCGUUACCUGCCAAAAUAAAGACGACGCCGAUCAUUGGACUGAGCUACUCAAAAAACAGAUGCCCAGGAGUUCCACGGCCUCGACCGUCAGCCAGAAAGUGGCGCCAUCUCAGGCCCAGUUCGUUCCCCAACCACCACCGCACAUGACGCCUCUGAUAUCGGCGAGCGGGACCAAUCUGUCGACUAACCAUCACCACCGAAGCCAAGGCAGCGUUCAUUCCGCCGCGCCGGCGCAUUUGUCUAUGAUGUCGUCGAACGCCGCGGGCGGCGCGCCGACUCGCGGCGGCUGGUCGGCCGUCUGCCUCCGUCCGCCGCCGCCGUUGCGACCGUCGUUGGCCUUCGGCGCGACGCCCAACGGGCCGUACGCGAGAAGCGGCGGUCGGAGACCGAUGAGCUACAAGGAGGACGGGUUCAUUUUGGACGUCAUCGGGGCGUAUUGUUCGGUUACCAAGCCGAGGAGCACUGUCAAUUCAGUGAACGUGAACCUGCCCGAGAUAUCCAAAAUGGAGCCGACCAAGGCCUUCUACGAUGCCAUACAACAGCUCCAAUCGAAAAUUAGUAUCCUGGAGUACAACGUGACGGCGCUCACGUCGCAGCUGGGCGACGAGAAGGAAGCUCGCUCGAUCUUGCAAAAUAUCGUAAAAAACCAUUUGAUUGCCAAUGUUGGCGAUUUCGAGAAAAUACAAUGGCCCGCGAUAGAGAGCAACAUUUAA